GCACUUUCUCGCUGGUCCAGGCAGGGUUUUAGAAAAGAAAUAUUAGAGGCUUCUCAACUAACUAUCUGUACCUCACAGGGCAACGUGACGUUUCACUUCACUUUGGAUUUCCAUGUCAAGCAGCCAAUCAACUCGAGCGAGGUGAUCGAUAAGACCAUUCUGGUGGAAAACAAUGAGAUAUCCGUGGUGGACUAUGAAGCAACGACUGCCUCGCCAAUUGGACAGUGGUCGGAUCAGGACCAAUAUAACGACGUCACCCUGCACAAGGUUCUGGAAACGAGGAGCAUUGUCCAGCAAUUGAAUGCAGAACUUUCCCCCUUGGCUGGUAGAAGCAACUAUUUGGCCAGGACACUAAAGCUGAGUCUGCGAUAUGUCAACGCGGUGGAUGCCAGUCUCGAGAAUUUGACCAACUUUGGGGAGCUGGUAGAGCUUCUAAGGAAGUUUGUCAGCCUUAUAGACACCCUGCGCGACCCCUCUAAUUUCGGCGGAGCUCGCAGCUUGGAGUACGUACUCUUUAAACUGGUUCUGGAAAAAUACGAUAUCCCAAGCAAACGGCAGGAAAUUGGAGAGUUACUGGAUAGGGCGGAGACCGCUUGGCAGAGAUACCAAAACUCACAGGUGGUUAUCUUGGAGAACUCAACCUGAGAUUUAAAGAAAGAAGAUCUACAGCACGCUUAGGAUGCACUUUAGGAAUAGAAUUAGGGUAGAGUCCUGAGGACAAAGACUUUUGCUGCACCAUCCAAAGGCAGCGGGACUCCUAAACAGAAAAACCCAUCAAAGGAACAUCCUGUCUAUUAUACAGUUCUAAUAAAACAAGAACGUAUAUAACGAUAACAGGUACAGGGCACAGGGGAGGGCUGGGGAAGGAAAAGCCAAACCAAGAGGAGUUUAAAUACACAGGGACAAAAAUAAAAUACCAAUUGUUAAGCGUAUAAUUAGAUGUUUACUAAAAUCAAAGAUAAAUAAAUAGCCUAAGAAAACAAAA